AUGAACUCCAACAAUCGCGACACUGAUUACCUGUGUUCACUUGGCCCUGUCCUUUGGCAGGCUGCCAUCUUUAAAGUGGGCGACGAUGUGCGACAGGACAUGCUUGCUCUGCAAAUAAUCAACCUGUUCAAGAACAUAUUCAAAAAAGUCGGCUUAGAUCUCUUUCUCUUUCCGUACCGUGUGGUGGCCACUGCGCCUGGGUGCGGUGUCAUCGAGUGUGUCCCCGAUGCAAAGUCCCGUGAUCAAUUGGGCAGAGAGACGGACACUUCGCUGUACGAUUACUUCAUAAAGACGUACGGAGAGGAGUCCUCUAGUCAGUACCAGGAGGCGCGCUCCAAGUUUGUCAAAAGUAUGGCAGCGUACAGUGUGGUGGGCUUUCUGCUGCAGAUCAAGGACCGCCACAAUGGCAACAUCAUGAUCGACAAAGAGGGGCACAUUAUUCACAUCGACUUUGGCUUUAUGUUCGAGAGUUCACCGGGUGGCAAUUUGGGCUUUGAGCCCGACAUCAAGCUCACCGAUGAGAUGGUGCAGGUGAUGGGCGGCAAGAUGGACUCGCCCGCCUUUCAGUGGUUCCAGCGACUGUGGUGCAAUCCAUUCCAUGCCAGCUGUAUCACUGGCAUCACUAUCACAGCAUCACUAUUGACAGUUGAUGUCAUCAUCAUCUGCCACUAUUGUCAUCUGACAGAUCAAUACACUAGCAUCAGAAAGGCAAUCAACAAUGUGGAGUGUCCAGUGAAGGAAAAACACGUCCGAAGGAUCCUAAUCGGCACAUUCCAAACCAAAUCUGGCCUGGUCUUCUGGCGGUACGCUCGAUCACUGCCCCUUGAGGAGCACCCAAUCAUCUGCUGGAAGUUCUGCCAUGUCCUCCACAAGGUGCUCAGAGAUGGACAUCCGCGGGUCAUUCAAGACUCACAUCGCUUCAAGUCGCGAUUGCUCGACUUGGGCAAAAUGUGGGGCCUCCUCAAGCAGGGCUACGGCAAGCUCAUUCAGAACUACUGCUCCCUGUUGGUCAACAAAAUGGAUUUCCACUACAGGAACCAACGCAUUCCCGGUAACUUGAUCAUAUCAAAUAGCGAUCUGGACAGUAUUGGAGAGAACGACGUAAAUGUAUUUUUUCAGCUGUGCUGUGAGAUCUUUGACUACAUGGACGAGAUCUUGUGUCUACAGAACUACAUAUUCAGCUCCUUGGACAUGAGUCGAUCAAAUUCGAUGACAUCAUCAGGACAGUGCCGUCUGGCGCCGCUGAUAAUGUGCAUUCAAGACUCCAGUCAGUUGUACGAUUUCACAGUAAAGAUCCUCUUCAAGUUGCACUCAUCUCUGCCACCGAGCACUUUGGAAGGCCACCGGGAUCGUUUCCUCAAUCAGUUUAAAUUAUUGAAACAAUUUUACUACAAUUCAAAGAAUUUACAGUACUUCCGUACACUGAUUCAAAUUCCCACAUUACCAGAUGAUCCACCAAAUUUUUUCAUUCAGUCAAGUUUGAGCAAUCACGUGACGCCGGUUGUCAUUGUUCCACAACAAGAGGAAAUCGAUACUGAUUCCAAUUUGCUCGAUCUCACCUUUAAUGAUAAUGACUCUGACAAGGGUGAUGCCGUCUCGAUGUGGUCAUUCCAGGAAGAAAGUAAACCAGAGAUUCACGAACAAAGUAUCAUUAUGGAAAAAGAUCGUAUCAUUGAAAAGCUGAUGGGACGCAUUGAAGAGCUGGAAAUUGACAUUAGGCGAACUAAAUUAGAUGACGAACGGAAAAUUGAUGAGUUAAAACGAUCAAUCGCCGAACUGGAAUGCGCCACAGCUCAGCGGAUGGAAAGGGAAAUUGAAGGGCUCAAACAAGAGCUGGAGAAGCAAAAAGUCAGCCAAGUCAGCAAUGAGACGGAAGGACAGGUGGCUAUUGUUACGGAAAAGUUUACCAAGAUGAAAGACUUUUACAACAAACUUCGCUCAGAGCACAUUGAGCUUAUUCGAACAAAAGCAGAAUGCGAUAGACAUCUCACCGCCGCCAAGGCAACCAUUGAAGAGCUACAAACAUCAAAGGAGACACUAGAGAGCCAGCUAAAGGACAACACUCGCAGGGAGGUGGAAAUGUCAGUAAUGAGCACACAGAAAGCUGAAAUGCUCGAGCAAAUGUCCACUUUUAGAGAGCAGUGUAAGACUCUGACGCAAAAGCUGGAGAACGUAGAGACUGAACGUAAACUGAUUGCUGACAAACUGAACAAGGCUGAACAGCAAAUUGAGGCUCUAAAGCGUGAAAUGGCCAAAAUGACUGAAGACAGUAAAGCUAAUCUCACUCAGGGUUUCAAGCAGUUUAUCACUCAAUUUAUAGCAAAAUCAGUUGACGCUUCCAAGAAGAUCAUUGACCAGGACCUGGAACUGGGCUUUGCCUCUGUCAACUGUACCCCUCAGUAUUUCUGUUCGCAAAUUGAUAUUUUAAUUUCCAAGCUUGGCGCCUUUGAAACGGCCAUCCUCAAAACUGAGUAUUCUCUGCCACUCUUUCUCGUUGCAUUCGACUUUUACUAUCAGCUAUUCUACACAAUGAACUGCUCCAAAACGACAAUUCAAAGUUUGCCCAACAUUGAACUUUCUGAUGAACUACUGGCCAAAUGCGUUCAGUUUAUCAGCAGCAACUUUGAGCUGUCCACCAGUAUUGACCGGGACUUUAGCAAUGCCGCCAGUGCUGUUGAGAAGGUGAAAGAGUCGCUGAAGGCGAUGCAGCAAGUGUCACUCUCCACCAUUCCCGAGUUUGUCAGCAACAAAAACUCUGACUUGGAAACUCUGCUAAAAACAGAAAUGGAGCAGAUGGACCGCGCUAUACUCGAGGCGGAGAAGAAAAUUGAGCAGAUGAUGGCCGCGGCUAAGAAAGACACUGGAGUUAAGCUCGAAGUGAAUGGCAAAAUUCUUGACGCCUGCACUUCGUUGAUGCAAGCUAUCAAACAGCUAAUUCAGGAUUCAAAGCAGCUUCAGCUGGAGAUUGCUGCCAAAGAGCGGGGCUCAUCCUCAAUGAAGGAAUUUUACCAGAGGAACCACCGAUGGACAGAAGGCCUCAUAUCGGCUGCUAAAACGGUCGCCGCCGACGCCAAUCUUUUAGUUGAGACUACUGACAAGCUUAUUCGAGGCAAUGGCAAAUUUGAAGAGCUGAUGGCAGCGUCACAGGAAAUUGCCGCCGCCUGUGCUCAACUGGUUGUUGCCUCGAGGGUGAAGGCCAGCUCUUCCAGUGAAAACUUGGCUCGUCUGUCCAAGUCUUCAAAGGCGGUCCUCACGGCUACCGGAAAUGUCAUUGCCACUACUAAACACUGCAACAAACUGAUUGAGGAGUCAGAUGUGACGGACUUUUCUAAGCUGACCUUGCACCAGGCGAAACGCCUUGAAAUGGAGUGCCAGGUGAAGGUGCUCGAGUUGGAGAAUCUACUGGAGAAGGAACGACUGAAGUUGGCGUCCGUUCGUCGAACUCACUACCACCUUGCUGAUUCACUGGGCACCUCUAUAAAAAAGGAAGAGGAGUAA